UUCUUAUCUGCAGCUGUACCCUCUUGUUGGCUUCAGAGAGUGAUCGUCAGAGUUGGAGCUCUGAGGAAGAGGGGGAGCAAGAGGAUUUGUAGAUGGAUUUCGCUACAGGGAUUGGACAAAAUAUUAAGAAGGAAGAUGUCGAAUCAGCUGUGGAGAAUUAUGAGAAGUACCAUGUCCACUUUGGAGGUGAUGCUGAAACAAGAAAAGCUAACUAUACUGAUAUGGUAAAUAAAUAUUAUGACCUUGCAACCAGCUUUUAUGAAUAUGGAUGGGGUGAAUCUUUCCAUUUUGCUGACAGAUGGAAAGGUGAAACAUUAAAGGAAAGCAUCAAACGGCAUCAGCACUUUGUUGCCCUUCAAUUAGGCCUUAAAAGAGGAAUGAAGGUAUUAGAUGUUGGGUCUGGAAUUGGCGGCCCUUUGAGAGAAAUAGCUCGAUUCAGCUUGGUGUCUGUUACUGGACUGAACAAUAAUGAAGCCCAGAUAACCAGGGCCACUAAACUGACCCGCUUAGCUGGACUGGACAAUUCCUGCAAUUUCGUCAAGGCCGACUUCAUGAAAAUGCCUUUCUCCGACAGUACAUUUGAUGCUGUAUACGCCUUACAAGCAACCUGCCAUGCUCCUGAUCCUGUUGGAUGCUACAAGGAAAUAUACAGAGUACUGAAGCCUGGACAGUGCUUUGCUGCAUCUGAAUGGUGCAUGACUGAUCACUAUGAUCCCAACAAUGAGAGCCAUAGAAAAUUAAAGGCUGAGAUUGAGAUUGGCGAUGGGCUUCCAGACGUAAGAUCAACGCAACAAAUCCUUAAUGCGUUAAAACAGGCUGGAUUUGAGGUUAUAUGGGAGAAGGAUCUUGCGGUCGAUUCACCAUUGCCAUGGUAUUUGCCUUUCGAUAACAGCCAGUUCUCUUUCAGUAGCUUCCGCACCUCCAUUUUGGGACGUUUUCUCACAAGAACAAUGGUUCAGGUGAUGGAAUUUGUGCGUCUUGCACCGGCGGGUAGCACGAGAGUGGCGUCGUUCUUAGAGAAGGCUGCUGAUGGUCUACUUGAAGGGGGAAGGAUGGAAAUCUUCACCCCGGUAUACUUCUUUCUGGUUCGGAAGCCUCUUCAAGAAUCAUGAAGAACAAGUCCGCGGUAGAAGCUUAUAAUCAUCGUGUUUUUCUAAGAUAAUUAAUUGUUUUGGAGAGGACUAAUGAGAAACCAAAGCAUUUGAUGUAUCAGUAUUUGCAUUAGUAUGUGUGCGUUAUUUGCAUUAAUAAGAAUUAUUGUGGUAUGUAUUAUUAUAGAUUGUAAUGAGAUGCACGAGUGUGAUAAAGAGCACUAAACCUAAUUCAGGUGCAGAGCCGAC